GGCAUCACCAGUAAGCUGAAGACGGGUUGGACGGAGCUUCGGAAAAGCUGCGCGCGCGUGUGGUUUAAGUAUUCUUUUAAAACAACUUAAAAAGUAAAGUUUCUCAAAUUACAGCGGCGGGAGUAAAACCAGCGAACAUCUCCUGAGAGAAGGAGGACAACAGUGGUGUUUGUGUCCCUCUGGAGGCGAUAAUCGAUUCUCCAGGGUGAUGGUGGUUCCAUAUGAGGGCCAGUCCUUCUCUGCCCUGAGGAGGCAGUGCCAGCAAAAUGGAUGUCUGUUUGAAGAUCCUCUGUUCCCUGCAUCUGAUCAGUCACUCUUCUACCAGAGCAACAACAUUGGCCGAGUCACAUGGAAAAGACCUAAGGAAUUAUGCAGCAACCCCCAUUUGUUUGUGGAUGGCAUCAGCGCUCAUGACUUGUACCAAGGCCAGCUGGGUAACUGCUGGUUUGUGGCCGCCUGUUCGAGUUUGGCCUCCAUAGAAGCACUUUGGCAGAAGGUGAUUCCUGACUGGAAAGACCAGGAGUGGGAUGAGAAGAACCCAGAGUCGUAUGCCGGAAUCUUCCACUUUCGAUUCUGGCAGUUUGGAAAGUGGGUGGACAUAGUAAUUGAUGACCGUUUGCCCACUGCAAAUGGAGAGCUUGUGUACUGCCACUCCAAUGACAGCAAUGAGUUCUGGAGUGCUCUGGUUGAGAAAGCGUACGCCAAGCUGUAUGGGUGUUAUGAAGCAUUGGAUGGGGGCAACACAUCGGAUGCCCUUGUGGAUUUUACUGGUGGUGUGUCAGAGCAAAUGGACCUUACAGAGGAUGGAUACAAAGAAGAUGAAGACAAAAGGAAUGAGCUGUUUGAGAGAGUACUUAAAGUCCACAACAGAGGAGGCCUCAUCAGCUGUUCAAUUAAGGCAACCAGUGCAGCAGAGAUGGAGGCCAAGCUUGCCUGUGGAUUGGUAAAAGGUCACGCCUAUGCAGUGACAGAUGUCCGACGAGUGAGGCUGGGACACGGCCUUCUGGCCUACUUCAGGUCUGACAAGCUCACCAUGAUUCGCCUGAGAAACCCGUGGGGGGAGAGAGAAUGGAGUGGACCCUGGAGUGAUAGCUCUGAUGAGUGGAAUAAGGUCAGUAAGAGUGAGAGGGAGAAGAUUGGUGUCACUGUGCAGGACGAUGGAGAGUUUUGGAUGAACUUUGAUGACUUCAUCGCCAACUUCACAGACCUCAUCCUGUGUCGCCUUAUCAACACAUCCUACCUGAGUUUGCAUAAGACCUGGGAGGAAUCUGUGAUGCUGGGGUCCUGGCAUCGUCAUGACGACCCGCUUCUCAAUCGUACAGGGGGCUGCACCAACAACAAGCACUCUUUCCUCCAGAACCCACAGUAUGUGAUUGACGUGAAGAAGCCAGAGGACGAAGUGCUGAUCUGUCUGCAGCAGAAGGACCGCCGAGCCACACUGAGAGGGGGCCGUGGAGAAAACCUGGCCAUCGGCUUUGACAUACACAGAGUGGAGUUAAACAGGAUCUAUCGUAUGCACAUCACCCAGCAGAAGGUCGGCGGCAGCACCUACAUCAACUCCAGGUCUGUGUUCGUACGCAUCGACCUGAAAGAGGGGCGCUACGUCAUCAUACCCACGACCUUUGACCCUGGCCUGGAGGGGGAUUUUCUGCUCCGCAUCUUCACUGAUGUGCCGUCUGACUGCAAGGAGUUGACUCUGGAUGAGCCUCCUCACACCUGCUGGUCGGGUCUGUGUGGUUAUCCUUCUCUGGUCACUCAAGUCCACGUACUGCAGGCUGACGGGCUUGCAGGGCAGGAUUCAGGUGGAGUGUCAGACCCCUACGUGAUCAUUCGCUGUGAAGGGAAGAAGGUUCGCUCUCCUGUCCACAACAACAUGUGCAGCCCUGUAUUUGAUACCAAGGGUCUGUUCUACAGGAACAAUGCUAAUCAGCCAAUCAGCAUAGAGAUUUAUAACCAUAACUUGGUGGCAGAUUCCUUCCUCGGUCAGGUGACACUGCGAGCUGAUCAAGGUGAUUUCCAGCAGAUUCUCCAUCUGAGAGACAAGGGCAACCGCCGUGACAACGACCUCCCUGGAACUGUCACUGUUGUCAUGAGGACCAGCAGUGUUCUCACCAACAUCUGAGUCGGACCACGUUCCAGAACAGCUGACAUGUUGUUCUCUCAGACAUGUUUACCAUAGUUUUGGUUUUCUGAAAAUACAAAAUAAAGUGAAUAGAAUGAUACACAUCCUGACAGAUGAAGACAAUCUCUCUCUCUCUGAUUUUUUUUUUCAUUUAUCCAUAAAAUUCUUUCACAUGUUCACUCUAUCUUUUACAGUAUGUUUACAGUACGUGCCAAGUGUGUUGAUAAUGACAAAGUAUUUUUAUUUUUAUUUGUUCUUAAUCAUUUUCUUUCCAGUUACCAAAUGUUUACCUGGUUUUGUGUAAUGAGUGGUAAUUGUUACUGAAGGCAGUGUUCAUUGCCAAUAGACUAAAUAAGUUUACAUAUUGUGUACGUAUUUUAAAUUGUCACAGAUCCACCUCGGACCUGAGCACAGUCAGGUCCAAACUUUGUGCAGUCUUACCAUGGUCCAGUUGCAAAUGUUAAGUUUAAGGACAUCACGCUGGUGUUACGUUUGAGCGUAGAAUUGCCUUUGGGUUGACCUCGGGUCAUGUCCAGUAAACCUGUGUCCCUUAUUGUAGAAACAGCAGUGGUCUUACUGUCCACCAGGACUCUGCGAUUAGCAACAAGACUUCACCACCAACCUGGGAUCUGUCUGUCCUUAUUUUGUCUUUGUUCGUUAUGCGUGUUAAAAUAACUAAUGUGGCCCAAGACAGGAGGUUCACUGGUCCAAACCCAUUUCUGUCAGACCCCAAAAUAUCAGAGCUGAAUAUACAAUCCAUUCAUCCAGUGCUUGACCUACAGGGGAUACCUACUCAAAAUGUCCUCUAGGAGUCCAGUGGGAUUUCUUACAGGACAAAUGCCAUUUCUUGUUUUAGGUACGUUUUAAAGUCUGUUACCAGUGAAGAGGAAGCAAAUACCAUAUUAAGAAUUUACAUCAUUCUCAUCUGGCAACAUGAAGAGGAGUUUAAUGCAGUCUGUUACCUGCGAAGAGGAGAAAGAACAGAUUUAUCAUUUCAUCUUUUUAACUUUUGUCAGUGAGUUGGAGUAGAUAUAUUAAGAUUGAUUUCCACAUUUCCCCUCUGUGUUAAUCUGUCCUUUAUGUUAUUGUGAAAACCUAAAUCUGAAUCUCAUUCAGGACCUAACUAGCCCCUGUAGUGUCAAUAAACUAAGUGGGAAACUGAAGGAUUGUUCUGUGGAUGGGAGACCUGUGCACCACUCACUUUUUAUCCUGUCAGGGAUUUUUAUAAUAAAUGCCUUAACACAC